AUGGGUGUACUUCUUCGCGUUCUACUUUGGAGCAACCUUGCUGUCGCUGCCAAAGUAAACUUCCCUUUCGAGUCUAUUCAGCUCGCAGAAGCUGACGUAGAAGACUUCCGUGAAGUUUCUUUUGGCAACGCGUCUGUUCCAGUUCCCAAUACAGAUUGCCGCGCAUAUCCCGGCGCGUCAGGGUGGCCCGUCGAUGCGGAUUGGGCUCAGCUUAACAAAACGCUUGAAGGCAGCUUGUUGCACCCGAGUCCAAUCGCCUCUGUCUGCUAUGAAGGGCCAAGUCACAAUUCGACGCAGUGCAAUACUCUCCUGCGAAAUGCAUCAACCUCCAGAUUCUACAUUGAUGAUCCACUCAGCGUACUGACAGCCUGGACUGAGGGUGAUACGUGCUUUGCAACAGCAUCCCCGGUUGGAUUGAAUUGUACUCAGGGAGGAUUUCCCGAGUAUGUUGUCAAUGUCACAAAUGUGAAGCAGAUACAGGCAAGUAAACUCAGGCUGGGUGUGGACAUGGCAGAGAUGACAACCGGUCCCGCGGCGGUCAAUUUCGCUCGAAACAAGAAUAUACGACUUGUAAUCAAAAAUUCUGGUCACGAUUGGCAUGGCAGAUCAACUGGAUUUGGGUCCCUGAGUAUAUGGACUCACUGGCUAAAGGACUUUGAGUUUCUCCCGCAGUACGAAGUUGGAAAGUACAGUGGUCGUGCAGCGCGAGUCGCCACGGGUCUAGAGGCAUGGCAAAUGUACCAGCACAUGAACGAAAACAAUGUCUCUAUUGUGGUCCCGGGCAGCUACACGAUUGCUCCCUACGGAGGCUGGAUGGCAGCUGGUGGUCACAACCCCUUGGCUUCAUACUAUGGGUUAGGCGCAGACCAGGUUCUGUCCUUACAAGUCGUUACAGCAGAUGGGACAUUCGUGACUGCUAGUCCAGAUGAGAACCAAGACCUGUUCUACGCUCUUAGAGGAGGUGGGGGCAGCACCUUUGGCGUCGUCACGUCGGUUAUCGUCAAAGCGCACCCCUUUAUCAAUGUCACCCGGUCGUCUGUGGAUUUUGCCGUACGAAAUGCUACAAACUCAACAGAAGUCGAGACUUUCUGGCGCGGAAUCGACCUCUACUACCAUUUCGGGAAAGCGAUUGUUGAUGCUGGAGGCACCGCCUACGGAGACAUCACCACGUACAACGUGUCUCUCAACAACAGCUUCACUUUUAGCACUCAAAUUGAGAUGCCUGCCAUGACCGCAGGAGAGCUCUUUGACUUUGUGCAGCCCCUGAUUGGCGACUUGAAUGCCAUAGGCAUUUCCAUCAACAACAGCCAGCCCGUGCCGUCAACACGAUGGACCUCGGGCAACAACGGCUUGGGAGAUGUACCGGGGAACAGUCGAUUUGCCAGCCGCCUCUUUCCGCGUUCAAACUUUGAAGACGAUGAAACCUUCAAGGCAACCACCAGUGCGAUCCGAAAGACGGUAGAAGCAGGUUAUAGGUUCCACGGCAUUCACAUGCAGCCGACGGAAUCCAUCGCCGGCCUGCCAGGCAACAGCUCGGUUAAUCCGGCUUUUCGCACAACGAUUAUGCACGCCGACCUUUUUGAUAAUGCCGCACUAAGGGGAGUCACACCCGAAGAGUGGUUCAGUUCCUACCAACGGUUCAACGUGUCCAUGUCGAAACUAAGGGACGUGACACCUGGGUCCGGGGCAUAUUUCAAUGAGGCCGACGUGGAGGAACCGCACUGGCAGCAAGCAUUCUUUGGCUCAAAUUAUCCCACGCUGCUAGAUAUCAAAAAGAACCGUGACCCCUGGAACCUGUUCUAUGCGGCCGACACUGUGGGGAGUGAAAAUUGGAAGGUCAUCACGUCAGACGGGCUCCCCACACAGAACGGACCACUAUGUAAAGUUUCUGCAUAG